AUGGCAGCGAAUGGGUGCGUUGCCGAAAGAACUGGACACAUAGCGAUGCGAUCGUGCGAGGCUGCGUGUGUCAGUGUGUUGGACUUCGCGUGCACUUGGCACAGGUUCACGCAUGGGCCGACCCACAGGCACACUUGUAUUCUCUCCCUCCUCUCACUCUCCCUCUCCCUCUCUCGCUGUUAUUUUUGCUCUUCAUCGUCCCCCAGCUCAGCACCACUUCCUUCACCCCUGUGCGGGACUUCGCUUCCCCCAUACACGCCAGGACGUUACAGCGGCGCACGUGUACGUACGGGGCGGGCCUCUCUCUACCCCCUCCCCCCCUGCGAACCCCCUGAGAGUGCCCAUCAUCCUGUUGGAGUAAGAGAAGAGCCUCUCGCACCUCUUUGUGUGUUCUUGGGUGGUAGCGUUUUCUCGUUUGGAGUUUUCCCUGACUGUGGGGUAAGUACACCUCUCCCCACCAUGAAUGUGUACUCGGCGACUGCGGUGAGGAAGGUGCCGCCGCAUCUCUCCACAGGGCCGGUGGUCACGAGCUCCCUGCGCGAGCGCGUGUGGCCCACGCUCCUCCGCGUUGGGAAUGCGGCGCUAGCGCCCUUGCUGAGUCGUGUGUCUGACGCCAUGGAGGACGCCUCGCCGUCGUCGGCUGGGCAGACGGUGUCAUCCAUCAUCGAAUUAACAGACUCAGAGCUGACCACUGAUGCAUCGCUGAGCAAGAGGUGCGUGCGCAGGGAUCGCCACUUCUCGCGCUGUGCUGUUGGCUCUUCGGUGGCGGACGCUCCUGCGCGGCAGCCGAUGAUUCGCGGAGCGAUGCCCUGGCACCGCCUGGCUACACUGCUGCGCAUUGCGUUUGCCUCCUUCCUCGUGCUGACGUUGUCGCUCACGUACCUUUACUUCUCGCCUUCCCACGAAGUGCAGUGGAAGGGGCCCACCACACCCGCUCUCGCGGUGGUGUCUUCUGUCGUUGGGGAUGAGUCCAACACCUACUCAGUGUCCGCCCCCUGGGCAGUGCUGGUGCAGCACGAGGAUGCAAUGACGCGCUUGAGCUUGACGGAGCGGUCGGGAUGCGACAACCUGGCGCUGGACUGUGAAACACACCGUGUGAGUCCAAGCCUUCUGCCCUCCUGGACUCUUCACCUUGUGGAGCCGAGCUGUGUCGACUGCACCGACACGGCAACGUACGCGACGGCCAUCGCCGCAACUCGUGACCUCGUGCCGCAGCGCCACGGGGUGUUUGCGACGCCGGCUGCCCCUCUUGGUCGUGUUGGGCCGAUUCUCUUCGCCAUGCUGAGCGUCACGGACGAAAUCUCUGCCCCUGACGAGAUACCGCGCUGGCUGUGGCUGAACCACACCUACCGCUGUGUGCCUGCCGUAUCAGGGGAGCUGCAGCAGGUGAGCGGGGCGAACCACCACACUGGUUGCCCAGCUCGUCAUCCACCUUACCUGGCUGUCAUGGGCAUCCCCUCCACCGAUAACGUUAUGCGGCUGCAGCUGCGGGAGGCGCAGCGGCGGACAUGGCUGACAUACUUAGAGGUGGCCCGAAACGAGAACGGCUUCCAAGGGGCCCUGCUGCAGCUCUACUUGUUUGCUGCAUCGGAGAGGGCAACGACACCAAACGUGUCCACGGCGGCGAAGGAUACAGCGACGGCGGCGGCCCAGGCGUACGCAAAUGCAUCCUCUGUAGCGCCCACCGUGAAGGAGUACGAGCUUGCCUCCAAGGCGCAAGAGAGUAUCGCUGGCGGCGGUGCUGGUGUCACCUACCGGCAGCGACGAAUGGCAUUGCGCUCUGGGUGGACUUCCAGCAAGCAGUCGGAUGAGAGUCCGUGCGGCCACAUAGAAAGUGUCAUCUCCGACGGAACGGCAGAGAGGUCUGCACUGUCGUACCUGAGCGGGGCCCUGUCGCUCCCCGUGACGCCGGCGUUCGUGGCCGGCUCCCGGUUUAUCUGCCACGCGUCGUCUGCGCUGUGGCAGGAGGCGCUGACGCACCGCAACGUCCUGUGGAUCGACAUGAUGACGGACCGGCGGCCAACGACCAACAAGAAGCUUGGCGAGGCAAAGAACUGGGGCCUGCCGGUGGAGGUUGGGAUGAGCCAGAAGCUGAUCCUGUGGCUGGCGUACGCGUACCACGCCUUCAAGGAUGUCCCUUUCAUCAUCAAGGGCGACGACGACGCGUACGUGAAGGUGCCGCAGUUCCUGAGCGAUGUGCGGUUUAUUACAGGCGGCGAAGGUAUUAGGCAGUCGCCACCGUCACCGAUGACCACAUCCCCGCUGUCGGCGGCGCCAGUGCUGCCUACUCCUGAAGGAAGCGCUACUUCAGCUUUGGGCGCAGCCAGCCUUUCAUCUGUGCUGCCACCCUCGUCGUCGUCCAUCGCUGCGAAUUCAACUCAUGCGGAGUUGGCUGGACGUAUCGCAACUUACCUGCUGCUCGGUGCAGGCACGCGUGCGGAGGCGAAGGGGUCUCAGAGCGGACUAUUACACACCUCUGCUAGCAAACCUCCGCGCUGCGUGUACUGGGGCAGCACUCGCCACGUCUCCCAGACGCGGUUUAACGCCGGCAUGCUUUUCAUGGCGCACCGUCAAGUGGUGCAGGCGGUGCUAGAGCUCCCCGAGUCUCCGUCAAUCGCGCAUCUCGAUGGCAUCAAGCACCGGGAGUUUGACGUGAUUCGCAUGACCCUGCGCGACUUUGAUGCGCGGUUUGCUAAGGAGUACUACGCCUCUCAUUUCACGACUGAGGACAUUCUAUUUGGGUUUCUCAUUCGACACCGCCAACCUCGCGUCCAGCAACUGUGCCCGGACAAGAAGCUGUAUUACGUCAAGGAGAGCUUACAUCGGUUUCACGAUUUACGUGUUGGUCGUGCGCAGCCUGUCUCGUGGUCGACCGUCGUGGCCCACCGCACGAGGCCGGCGGACUUGCACUACCUUCACUACUUCUUCCGCAUAGAACACACCGCCGACGCAAUGCACGCCAUAAAUGCAUCGGCGGCGAUGCUGCAGAGGGCGACAACGUGGGCCCAGGCGCAGAAGUCGCUGCACCCCAGCAACGUGACCGACUGGAAUGACUUGCCCGACACAAAGUGGGCGACCCCGCCUUCCUCGAAGCCACCGCUUGUCGUGGCAUCCGGGGAUGGAGUGGGGGUGUACAGCCACAAGUACCUGACGUACAGGGCACCGGGAGCGGAGGUCUAUCAGGGAUUCCAAUCACGUCCGUAA